UUCUAAUUUUUCAUACGGGUGUUUACAAUAACCUAACCUGCCUUGACCUCGUUGUUUUGUGUCUUGUGUUCUGACUUGCUGACGGUACCUUCUUUUACAAGAAAAGAUCAUUCUUCCUAUCCUCUUCGAAAUCUGGCAGUCAAUAUGAGCUGCAAUAUUUGUAACGACGGAGCUUCGAAGUAUAAAUGUCCGUCAUGUCGGAUACCCUAUUGCUCAAUACCAUGUUGGAAGAAACACAAGAAUGACGGCUGUGGGGACGAAGUUGUUACUAUCACCACCGCAGCAAGUUUAAACAAUGCGGCCAUUCCUGAUGCUCAAAAACCAAAAUAUAUUUUUCCAACAGAAGACACUGUGCCUCCAGAAAAACUGCAACUGCUUCGCGACAACAUGCAGUUGAGGAAUAUCUUAUCCAAUCCGCAUGUUAGAACUAUUUUAUCAUCUCUGGACAAUGCAACUAAUCCCAGCAAGCAUCUACAUGACGCAAUGCAAGAACCAAUUUUUGUGGAGUUUGUUGAUGAAUGUAUGAAGACAUUAAACCCCCCCACACAAGAAGAACUGGAUGAAGCUAUUUUGCAAUCAUUAGACUUACAAAAUAUUUAGAAUAGGAGUUUUAGGAAUCAAGAGUCCGUCAUAUGAUUGAGUUUUUUUUCUGUUAUACCAAAAAUAUGUAAAUUUUUCAGUGCUUUAAAAGUGGAAAAGAAAGAAGUACCACCAUGUUCAGUUUUUUAUACUGUCAAGAUACAUCAUCAUCGGCUCGACCUCAUCAAGAACAAGUCAAGAACCUUACCAAUAAGUUUUUUUUCAGUUUUCACAAAUACAUUGACUUUAAAACU